AUGAGUCGACUGCAAGCUUUGCUUUGGCCCCUCGCCUGCUGUCUGCUGCUUCUAGUAGUCCUACAUCCUUCCGGAAUCCUGUCGCAGUGCAACGAUACAACUCAGCCGGGCUGCCUUCAUCAGGCGGAACUAGGAGUCGCCCAGCGCCAUUGUCUGGACCCCACGAAGUACUGGCUCUGCACGGCCAUUGGCCAGAAGGCCGAGCUCAAGAAGUGCCAGCCGAACACCGGUUUCGACCAGGAUCUCAACGCCUGCGUGCCCUGGAUCGCCUGGGUUUGGCAGCCAUGUCCGGAGCCGCCAAGUCGUCCUCCGGGCUGGGAACACUGUUAA